UGUAAUAAUGACAUUCAUAUAAACAGAAAGAGAAAAAUAUUUUAUAUUAUCAUAAACCACGCGAGAUGCUUUAGAGUGUCUAUCAAGUUUCACUGCGAUACAAUAAUUACAGCCCAUACUGGACCUCUGUGAACAGGUGCAUUUUAAUUAUAACUACCCAGUACAUUGUAAAGAAAGACUGUUUCAUUUGUAAAUAACAAUCUCCAUCACUUUAAAAGAAAUAUUGAUGUGCAUGAUAACCACACCCAUGGCAGUGAUAACAUUGAUCGGACAAACCAGACACCAAAAAAAUGUCACGAGUGUGUGAGGCAUACAGCCGGCACACUCUAUAAUGAAUUACAUUGCUCAGACAAAAGUAAUAUGAAUUCCUUCAGGAAGGACAUUACUGAUAUAAUUGUCCAGCAAUGUAUGUAUUCUGUUGCUAAAUUUAUGGAAACCAUCAUUGUAACAAAAGGUUUACGCUCCCUCAACAAUCACUACAACUGGUAUCCCAUAUCACGAACAUGAUUUUAUCAAUAAAUAAAUGAAGGGCUUGGAGAGAUAUAGUCAUAAGCCACAACUUUCACGAAAUUGAGUUUUUCAUGUUGUGGCAUUCUUAACAAUGUCUUCUUCACAAUGUGUUGAAAAGGUUCCGUGUUAUUGCAACAGAUGGCAGGCUAUGACGGAGUGCAGUUCUAUGCUGUGCUAUCUGGUGGUAGUUUCAGAAGACACAUAGUCACAAGCCACAGCAUAAUGGCAGGUGGGUCAGGGAACAUCUGAAGCGUCUUCGGGUCUUCAACGCAUAUUUGACACAGACAGUAGUGAAAGUGAAGAGCUUUACCCUUUGGAUCCUGACAGUGAUGAAUCUUGGCAUCCAUCGACCAGCAGUUCCAGCUCAGAUGAUGUUUUGAUAAGUAUAUAAAAUGGGUUAUUUCUAGUGAUUAAUUUCCUGUGGCUUGUGACUUUGUUUCUCUCAACAUUGCCAACGUAUUUGACAGCCAUCCUGUGUGUUAAUGAUAAAACUUGAUGGGAACAUUUAUAUUACUGCUUAAUGGUGCAAUGAUGUAGUUUCAAAGGCAAAGGAUGUGUAAAAAAUAUUUUCUCAUUAAUAUGAUUUUAGCGAAAUUUAAUGUUUGGUGUGGCUUAUGACUAUAUCUCAUGCAAAUUCUUAGACUAUUUUGCUCUAUAUAUUAUAGCUUGAAAUAAGUAGAAUAAAUGAAGAAUCACCCGAAAAACCAAAGCCUUCAUGGAAAAGAAAGCGAAAUAUUGAUCAGUGGAAGAAAAAUAAAGCAAAACGUCAACGAAAUGCUGUCAGCAGUAUAAGUCUUUAAAAACCCACAAGACUGUUCAGGCUGCUAAUAUAGGAACUCCCUGUACUUGUUUAAAUAAAUGCUUCACGAAACUGCUUGGAGAGGAAGAAAACGUUUUUUCAUUCAUUUUGGGACAUAGGAAACUUUAAUGCCCAGAAUACGUACCUGGUGAGCUGCAUGAAAAUGGAACCAAAAAAGCGGAGCUAUCCAAAAACGACUUCCAAGAAAACGUCAUCCAGGGAUGUUACAUUUUCUUAUAAUGUGAGGAUAUGCAGUAUAGAAGUCAUGAUCUGCAAGGAAGCUUUCCUAACGGUUCAUGGCUUACAGAUACAUGCACGAAGAGUGAGGAAUUUGCAACAUCAAAUGAAGCAGGGAUUUGCAGUGCCAAAAGAAGAUGGAAGAGGAAAACAUGGAAACUACCCACAUAAAUUUCAAGACGAAGCUGUACAAAGUGUUAGAGAGUUUCUCAAUGCCAUACCAAAAUAUAACAGUCAUUACAGUAGGCAACAGAACCCCAAUAAAGUGUAUCUGGAUUGUGAUCUCACAAUUGCUUCCUUAUUUCAAGAUAAAUACUCAGAAUACUGCAAGGAAAAGCAGGUUCCUGCAGUAUCUGAAAGUAAAUUCAGAGAAAUUUUCGUAUCUGAAUUUAACAUAGGCUUCAAACUACCAAAAAGUGACACCUGUUCAAAAUGUGAUGGAUUUCUAAUUGCAAUAAAUAACCCAGAAUUAUGUGCAGAAGAAGUCACAGAAAAGAAACUACAAUAA